AUGGGGAAAUUGAACGUGACAAUUUUACGUUAUUUAACCCGAGAUGAUUUUCGUGUUUUGACAGCGAUUGAAAUGGGAAUGAAGAAUCAUGAACUUGUUCCCGCGUCACUUGCUGCUCAGAUAGCAAACUUGCGAUACGGUGGUGUUCAUAAAUUAAUGAAGGAAUUGUGCAAGCAUAGACUCCUGAGUUACGAACGUGGGAAACAUUACGAUGGUUACCGUUUGACAAAUGCUGGCUAUGAUUAUUUAGCGCUGAAAGUUUUAGCCCAAAGAGGUACCGUUGCAUCUUUUGGCAAUCAAAUUGGCGUGGGAAAAGAAUCUAAUAUUUACAUAGUUGCCGACGAAGAAGGAAAUCCAGUGUGUUUAAAACUACACAGAUUAGGUAGAACUUGUUUCAGAAAUAUCAAAAGUAAAAGAGAUUAUCACGAACAUAGAAAAUCGGCGUCAUGGUUAUAUCUAUCGAGAAUAUCGGCGACAAGAGAAUUUGCGUACAUGAAAGCACUUUUCGAUCGAGGAUUUCCAGUACCGAAACCAAUCGAUCUCAACAGACAUUGCGUUGUUAUGGAGCUGGUUGAAGGUGGACCUCUGUGCGGCGUGUACGAAGUGGACGACGUUGAAUCUUUGUACGACGAAUUAAUGAAUUUGAUCGUAAAACUUGGAAACCAUGGAGUAAUUCAUGGUGAUUUCAACGAAUUUAAUAUCAUGAUAACAAACAGCAGGAAAGCAGUUCUUAUUGAUUUUCCACAGAUGAUCUCGACAGAACACGCGGAGGGUAAAAAUUAUUUCGAGAGAGACGUGAAUUGUGUUCGUGAUUUUUUCAAAAGACGGUUCGCUUACGAAAGCGAGUUGUACCCAACGUUUGAAGAUAUUUCGAGGGAGGACUGCAUCGACGUAGAAAUUAAGGCGAGCGGUGUUACGAAAGAGAUGGAGAAAGAUCUUUUAAGAGAAGUGGGAAUGAUGGAAGCAGAAGAGGAGGAGGGAAUUGAAGAAGAAUGCAAGGAGGAGAAUAGGCAGGAAGGGAAGAAAAGUAUGGACAAGGAUGAAAUAAAUGAUUUGCAAGUUCAAGUGGAGAACUCUGUGAUGAACGAAUUUUUAUGUAGAGUGAAAGAAGAAUCGGUACCGGUUGCGACACCUUUAGAAGACAAUCAUAUUAUAGAAGAAGGUGUUAAAAAUAUCGAUGUAAAUAAGUCGAUGGAAUGGUUUGAUUCAGAGGAAGAACAUUUACGAACAGAAUUGACCGAUUCAAGAAGCAUGUACAGUAUCAGUACAGCUUCUACGAUUGCACCUGAAGUAAUUAAGAAAAGGGUGAAAGCAUCUCUGCAAAGACGCGAAAAAAGAGACGAACAAUCGAGAAGGGUUGUUGCGAAAGGUGAGGCAAAUGCGGUAACUAGAGUGAGAAGAGAAAACAGGGAUACGAUUAAGCAAUCGACAGGAAUAUGGGGUUGGGAAUAAGAUGCGUACAUCUUUGUUAUUUAAGGUGUAGAUAAUUUCCAAGGAAAAAAUAUAAAAAGAAGAGCG